AUGGGCUUGUUGUGGAAUGACAUCCCAAGUUGGAGCACUUUGGGCUCUGGCGUCAGCAGCGCCCUAGACAUCCUGGUGAUGGUUUUGUACUUCCUGUUGGUCCUGGGCAUCGGGCUGUGGGCUAUCCUAUCAAGCAAUCGUGGAACAGAAGACUCCUUCCUGGCUGGCCGCAGUCUAGCAUGGUGGCCAACGAGUGCUUCUCUUUUUGCCUCAAAUAUUGGCAGUGGCCACUUUCUGGGCCUGGCUGGAAUAGUCGCAACUUCAGGGAUUGCUACUGGGGCCUUUGAGUGGAACGCUCCGUUUCUUCUCUGUGUUCUCGGUUGGGUAUUUUCUCCCACUUAUAUUAAAGCUGAGGUGACGACAGUGCCAGAAUAUUUGAGGAAGAGGUUUGGUGGCUUUCAGAUCCAGCUCCUCCUUGAUAUUCUGUACUUACUCCUCUAUAUCUUUAAUAAGAUCUCAGUAGAGAUCUGUACUGGUGCCAUGUUUAUGAGACUGGUUUGGGGGUUAGAUAUCUAUCUGGCCACCAUAGUCUUGCUGACAGUUAUUGGCAUUUAUGCCAUCACAGAUGAGUUUCGGGUACUGAUAAAUUUUAUGGUGUUUCAAGCUUUUCAGGAAGUGGGAGGAUACCAGAGCUUGCAUAAAUACCCAGACAGUAAGCCAGACCUAAUCCGUAAAGGAAAUUGGACUGCCGAUGCAGAAUGUUUUAGUCCUCACCUGGAUUUUUUCCAAAUCUUCCGAGAUCCCAUCACUAGAGACCUCCCAUGGCCUGGAAUCAUCUUUGGUGUCUCUACUCUCUCCUUAUACUACUGGUGCACUGAUCAAAUUUUUGUCCAGCGAUGCCUGGCAAGGAAGAACAUUUCUCAUGUGAAAGGCAGCUGAGUCCCUUGUGGGUGUCUGAAUCUGCUGCCCAUGUUCAGCAUAGUGAUGCCAGGAGUGAUCAGCCGUGUCUUACUCCCAGAUAAAGUGCCAUGUGUUGUUGUACCUUCCUUAUGUGAGAAGUACUGUGGCAUCAGAACUGGGUGCAGCUCCAUCACCUACCCAGCGCUGGUGGUAAAGCUGCUGCCCGAAGGCAUACAAGGCUUGAUGCUGUCUGCACUUUGGGCCUCUCUCAUGUCCUCCCUGACUUCUAUUUUCAACUGUGCCAGCGCCCUGUUCACAAUGGACAUCUAUAACCAGAUUCGGCCUAUAGCCACUGAAAAGGAGCUCAAGGAGCUCAUGGUAACAGGAAGGUUUUUUGUUAUAAUAUUAUUUACUAUCACCAUCAUCUGGGUCUCUGUUAUACAACAGAAUACAGUGAGCAACUUGUUUGAAUACACACAUGCCGUUAUGAGUUACCUGACCCCACCCAUUGCUGCCAUCUUCCUGCUUGCUGUAUUUUGCAAGAGGGUCACUGAACAACUCCACCAGCUCUUUUGGAGCUUACGAGACAUCCAAGAAGCAAGUGUAGAUCUGGACGAAGAGAUACAAGUGAAGAAACCUGCACCCCAAGCGCCCCAAGCAUAG